CACGGGCUGCCUACGGCGCACUGGCAGUGGCGUGCCGUGGAGGACGUCCUGGCGCAGGAAACCGGCGCAAAGCCAACUUGCCCCGUGUGCUGCGAGCGCCUACCCAGCGGCCCAUCGGCGCUGCUGCAGCACGUCACGGACUGCCUCGCCGCGAGCCGCGGCACCCCGUGGUUGGCCGAGGGAAAGCCGUUCGCUGUCUCGGCGAGCAAGCUCGGCUCCUACUUCAACUCCGGCGAGUGCGACCGCAUGCUGCACCGCCUCUGCGAGCGGGAGGGCAGGGGCUACAAGCCCGACGACAUCGAGGACCUCGACAAGCCGCUCACCACGGCGCACUCGUCCCGCGGCGCCCUCUGGGAGACGCAGAUUCCGCCGCGGCCGCCGCCAACGGCACGCCCUCUCCGCCGUGGAUGCUCUUCCAGCCCCUCUUCAAGGCACCGGCCGGGCCGCCCUUCGACCACUGCGACGUGAGCUUCUCCAACUCGUACGUCGACUUCCUGCUGCUGCGUUUCGUCUCCGGCGGCGGCGGCGCGGUCGUGGCGGAGCUGACUGUCAUCGACGCCAAGGCGACGGGCAAGGUCAAGGUAGGGGCCAUGGUGCAGGUGGCAUACUACGCUCUGCUGCUCGAGACGCUCAUUGCCACCGACCCGCGCCUCGCCGGCGUGCGGCGCCACCUGCGCCUCGCGCGGCACGGCGGUGUCUGGCUGUACGGAGAGGCGGCGCCGGCGCCCUUCCUCCUCCGGGAGGUGCGCGACAAGGUCGACGCCUUCCUCAGGGGCGGCGGCGGCCUCCGAGCCCUCCUCAGCCGCCGGCGCAAGCAGCAGACGUACAGGUCGCAGGAGUGGCGGCUGGCGCCGUCGUGCCGGAACUGCGGCUUCCAUGACGACUGCCGCGCCGACGCUCUCCCUGCGGGCGCGCGCGCGACACUGCACGCGCUCGGCCUUCCGCUGAGAGAUCGGCGGCAGCUCGAGCGCGCGGCCGGAGGGGCGUCGCUAGAUGCGCUCGUGACGCUCGCCGCGCAGCCCCAGCCCGACGGGGCGAGGCGCCGGCUCCUCUCUCGCAGCCUCCAGAUUGGGUACGCCCCCGACGGCCAGCCACGCACGCCGGCUGGCGUGCCCAGCCCUCGCGUUCGUGCGCUGGUCCAAGGCAAUCCCAUGCUCACCGGCCAGAGCAGCCUGACGCUCCCGCAGCGCGAGACGGUCGCCCUCUUCCUCACCAUUCUCGAGGACCCUUCGGCGCGCUCGGCCUACGCGUGGGCGCUCGGCGUCCGCGAGCGCUGCCCGGGCAAGGGCGCUUUCGAGCUGGUCAACUCGAGCUUCAUCCCGCCGAGCGACAUGAUCCCACUCCCGUGCCCGACCUGCAGCCCCCACCGGCCGCUGCAGCGCGAGGGACAGAGG